AAGUCCUACAACCUCUCUCUCUCUCUCUGAAAAUUUCACAACGAAAUCAAUCAUUAUUUCCAUUGUUUUACAGCAUCGCUAUAAAUAGGCGAUAUAAAUAGUGUAAAAGUUUGUAAACGUUUUGAUAGGACUUAUAAUAAAGUGUUAAGUAUUAAUUUUUCAUUGAAAUCUACAGUGUCAAAGACUCCCAUUUUCAAUGGAACCAUUUCUAGAUGCAUUUUUCGCCAUUGAUGUUGACCGUACUGAUGUGAUAACUAUAAGACAAUUAAGGAGAUAUGUGGAAAAGAAUAAUUUAGACGAGAAAAUGGUUGAACGCUGGCAAAAAUUGUUCGAUCCAAACGAUACUGGUUAUAUCACACUGGAAGCGUAUUGUGAUGUUUUUGGCAUAGAAAAGAAACAAGCUUAUAAAAUCAGAAGUGAACGUGAGAAAGCUUCCAAAGAUAAAUUAGGCUCUGAUGUUUAUGUGAUUUCACAACAAAUGACUAUUGAUGAUCAAAUUCGUAUUAGUGAUGAAGCUCGACAAUUGUUAAAUGAACCCGGUGAACUUGGAGAUAAAGAAAUAGCGCACAGGUUGAAAUUAUGGCUACAUAAAAAUUAUGGUCCAACAUGGCAUGUUGUUGUACUACGUGGAGCUUAUGGUUUAUCAUAUACACAUCUUGAGAAUCGUUCGUUUCAAUUCCAGCUCCGGAAUAAAUGUUUUUUACUUUGGGGUACACCUGGUGAAUUUCACCUUUGA